UUUGCGUCCGCCUGCCGGGGAUUGGCCGGUUUCUCUGCCCGCUCCCGAGUGCUGCCGUGCUCAUUGCCUUGUGAGCCAGUGGGAGAAAGAUGUCUCCCCAACUGUAUGAGUUCCAUCUGCCCUUAUCCCCAGAGGAGUUGUUGAAAAGUGGAGGGGUGAAUCAAUAUGUUGUGCAAGAGAUAUUGUCCAUCAGAAAUCUUCCAUCACAGCUUAGAGCAUUUCAGGCUGCCUUCCGAGCUCAGGGGCCCCUGGCUAUGCUGGAGCACUUUGAUACUAUCUAUAGCAUUCUACAUCACUUUCGAAGUAUAGAUCCUGGCCUCAAGGAAGAUACUCUGGAAUUCCUGAUAAAAGUGGUGUCCCGUCAUUCCCAGGAACUUCCCACUAUCCUGGAUGAUGCAGCUUUGAGUGUGUCAGAUAGGAGCGCCCACCUAAAUGCUCUCAAAAUGAACUGCUAUGCUCUGAUCCGCCUCUUGGAAUCCUUUGAGACCAUGAGCAGCCAGACAAGCCUCAUGGACCUGGACCUUGGGAAGGGAAAGAAAGCCCGGGCCAGGACAACCUAUGGCUUUGACUGGGAAGAAGAGAGGCAGCCAAUUCUUCAGCUUCUAACACAGCUGCUCCAGUUGGACAUUCGUCACCUGUGGAACCACUCAAUAAUUGAAGAGGAAUUUGUCAGUUUGGUUACUGGCUGCUGCUACCGCCUCCUGGAGAACCCCACCAUUAGUCACCAGAAGAACCGCCCCACCCGGGAGGCCAUCACGCGCCUGCUCGGUGUCGCCUUGACACGUUAUAACCAUAUGCUCAGUGCCACUGUGAAGAUCAUCCAGAUGCUGCAGCACUUUGAACACCUGGCCCCCGUAUUGGUGGCGGCUGUGAGCCUGUGGGCAACUGAUUAUGGAAUGAAGAGCAUAGUGGGGGAGAUUGUAAGAGAGAUUGGGCAGAAGUGUCCCCAGGAGCUGAGUCGGGACCCUGCAGGGGCAAAGGGCUUUGCAGCCUUCCUGACAGAACUAGCAGAACGCAUCCCAGCCAUCCUGAUGUCCUGCAUGUGCAUUUUGCUGGAUCAUCUGGAUGGAGAGAAUUACAUGAUGCGCAAUGCUGUGCUGGCAGCUAUGGCAGAGAUGGUCCUGCAGGUUCUGAGUGGUGAUCAACUGGAAGAAGCAGCCCGAGACACCAGAGACCAGUUCUUGGACACCUUGCAAGCCCAUGGCCAUGACGUCAACUCCUUUGUGCGGAGCCGUGUUUUGCAGCUCUUUACCCGAAUCGUCCAGCAGAAGGCUCUCCCCUUGACGCGUUUCCAAGCAGUGGUGGCCCUAGCAGUGGGACGUCUGGCAGACAAGUCGGUGCUAGUAUGUAAAAAUGCCAUUCAGCUGCUGGCCAGCUUCCUUGCCAAUAAUCCCUUUUCCUGCAAGCUUAGUGACACUGACCUCGCUGGACCACUGCAGAAGGAAACCCAGAAAUUACAAGAGAUGAGGGCCCAGAGACGAGCUGCAGCUGCUUCUGCAGCGCUGGACCCAGAGGAGGAGUGGGAAGCCAUGCUGCCAGAGUUGAAGUCUACUCUGCAACAGCUGCUAAAGCUUCCCCAGGAAGAAGAGGAGAUUCCUGAGGCAAUUACUAAUACAGACACCACUGAAGAUGUGAAAACACGCAUCCAUCAGUUGCUUGCCAAGGCUAGUUACAAGCAGGCCAUCCUUGUCACUCGAGAAGCCAUAGGCCACUUCCAGGAGUCUGAGCCUUUCUGUCACAUGGACCCAGAGCAGUCAGAGGAGACCAGGUUCCUGAAUCUCCUGGAGACUGUCUUCAAAGGCCCAGCAGCUUCCACACAGAAUACCCAGGGGCCGGCAGGGAACAUGGGCCCAGAACAGACAGACUGUAAAGACAAGCCCAGUGUGUCAGAGUCUGGGAAAUCCCGGGAAAACGAUGAACUGGUGAAGCAGGAGAUGCUGGUGCAGUAUCUGCAGGAUGCCUAUAGCUUCUCUCUGAAGAUUACAGAGGCCGUUAGCAUCAUCAGCAAGAUGAUGUAUGAAAAUACAACGACAGUCGUACAGGAGGUGAUUGAAUUCUUUGUGAUGGUGUUCCAAUUUGGGGUACCUCAGGCCCUGGUCGGGGUGCGCCGCAUGCUGCCUCUCAUCUGGUCUAAGGAUCCUGGGGUCCGGGAAGCUGUGCUUAAUGCCUACCGCCAACUUUACCUCAACCCCAAAGGGGACUCCGCCAGAGCCAAGGCCCAGGCUUUGAUUCAGAAUCUCUCUUUGCUACUAGUAGAUGCCUCAGUUGGGACCAUCCAGUGUCUUGAGGAAAUUCUCUGUGAGUUUGUGCAGAAGGACGAACUGAAGCCAGCAGUGACCCAGGUGCUGUGGGAGCGGGCAGUCGAGAAGGUCCCCUGCUCUGCUGUGGAGCGCUGUUCCUCGGUCAUGCUUCUUGGGAUGAUGGCGCGAGGAAAACCAGAAAUUGUGGGAAGCAACUUAGACACACUGGUGAGCAUAGGGCUGGAUGAGAAGUUUCCACAGGACUACAGGCUGGCCCAGCAGGUGUGCCAUGCCAUUGCCAAUCUCUCUGACAGGAGAAAGCCUUCUCUGAGCAAACGUCACCCCCCCUUCCGGCUGCCUCAGGAACACAGGCUGUUUGAGCGACUGCGGGAGGUGAUCACAAAAGGCUUUCUGCACCCAGACCCACUCUGGAUCCCAUUCAAGGAGGUGGCGGUGACCCUCAUUUACCAGCUGGCAGAGGGCCCCGAGGUGAUCUGUGCCCAGAUAUUGCAGGGCUGUGCGAAACAGGCCCUGGAGAAGCUGGGAGAGAAGAGCAGCACCCAGGAAGGCCCGAAGGACGCCCCCAUGCUCCCCACUUUCCUGCUGAUGAACCUGCUGUCCUUGGCUGGAGACGUGGCUCUGCAGCAGCUGGUGCAUUUGGAACAGGCAGUGAGUGGAGAGCUCUGUCGGCGCCGGGUUCUUCGGGAAGAACAGGAGCAGAAGACUAAGGACCUAAAGGAGAAGAACACCAGCUCUGAGACCACCAUGGAGGAGGAGAUGGGGCUGGCGGGCGCUGCCGCUGAUGACACGGAGGCAGAACUCAUCCGCAGCAUUUGCGAGAAGGAGCUGUUAGAUGGCACACAGGUCCUGGCUGCCUUCGUUCCACUUCUGCUCAAAGUCUGCAACAGCCCUGGCCUCUACAGCAACCCGGAGCUCUCGGCGGCGGCUUCACUUGCCCUGGGCAAGUUCUGCAUGAUCAGUGCCACUUUCUGUGACUCCCAGCUUCGUCUGCUGUUCACCAUGCUGGAAAAGUCCUCACUGCCGAUUGUCCGGUCUAACCUCAUGAUUGCUACUGGGGAUCUGGCCAUCCGCUUCCCCAACCUGGUGGACCCCUGGACACCUCAUCUGUAUGCUCGGCUCCGGGACCCAGCUCAGCAAGUUCGGAGAACAGCGGGGCUGGUGAUGACCCACCUGAUUCUAAAGGACAUGGUGAAGGUAAAGGGGCAGGUGAGCGAGAUGGCCGUGCUGCUCAUCGACCCCGUGCCUCAGAUCGCUGCCCUGGCCAAGAACUUCUUCAAUGAGCUUUCCCACAAGGGCAAUGCGAUCUAUAACCUCCUUCCAGAUAUCAUCAGCCGCCUGUCAGACCCCGAGGGAGGGGUGGAGGAAGAGCCUUUCCACACCAUCAUGAAGCAGCUCCUCUCCUACAUCACCAAGGACAAGCAGACCGAGAGCCUGGUGGAGAAGCUAUGCCUGCGCUUCCGCACAGCCCGGACCGAGCGGCAGUACCGGGACCUGGCUUACUGUGUGUCACAGCUGCCCCUCACAGAGCGAGGCCUCCGCAAGAUGCUGGACAACUUUGACUGCUUUGGGGAUAAACUGUCAGAUGAGUCCAUCUUCAGUGCUUUUUUGUCGGUCGUGGGCAAGCUGCGGCGUGGGGCCAAGCCCGAGGGCAAGGCUAUAAUAGAUGAAUUUGAACAGAAGCUUCGCGUCUGCCACACCAGAGGGUUGGAUGCAGUAGAAGACCUUGAGGUUGGCCAAGGGGGUAGCCAGAGAGCCCCAUCAGCCAAGAAACCGUCCACUGUCUCUAAGCGGCACCAGCAUCUGGCUUCUGCAGCCUCAUCAGACGGUGACUUUGUCACCCCCGAGCCCCGCCGUACUGCCCAUCGGCAUCGAAACACUCAACAGCGAGUUUCAAAAAAGAAACCGAGAAUCGUCUUCUCAAGUGAUGAGUCCAGCGAGGAAGAGCUUUCAGCAGAGAUGACAGAAGAUGAGACACCCAAGAAGACCACACCCAUCCGCCGAGCACCUCCUCGAAGGCACAGGCCUUAAGAGGUCGUGUUGCCUGUUCCCGUCCCUGCUGUGCAGGGUGUCUUGUGGUGUGACCUAGAAGUCCAUUGCUCUUGUAAAAUACUUGUUUGCCUGUCUUCUUGUCUUUUUAAUAUAUAAUGGUCUUUAUAAUGUAAAGCGUCUCUCUUAAACUAGCCCAGCUGAACUGAAUUGAGCUGCUUUCACUGGAAUAUAUGUCUGCCAGUCUGUUUCCUAGUGAAUAAAUGUUUUUAUAUACUUUUA